CCGCGCUGCUCUAGUGUUUUUGUUGUCUUCUCGUGUAGUCUUUGUUCCUUCAGAAGAAGAGUCGACCAUGCCGACCGUAAGCGUCGGGAGAGAUCGUCUAUUUGCUGCCCUCGGAAGAACUUAUUCGCAGGAAGAGUUCGAAGAGCUGUGCUUUAGGUUUGGAAUUGAGCUUGAUGAUGUUACGACAGAGAAGGCGAUUAUUAGGAAAGAGAAGCAUUUGGAAGAAGAAGCUGAUGAAGAUGAAGAAGUCAUCUACAAGAUUGAAGUCCCCGCAAACAGAUACGAUUUGCUCUGUCUUGAAGGGCUUGCUCAAGCACUGCGCAUUUUUAAUAAGCAGGAGGCGACACCCUGCUAUAAAUUAACCAAUAUAACCAAGGAAUCUAUGCACAAAAUGCAUGUAAAACCUGAGACUUCCUCGAUUCGUCCUUACGUGGUUUGUGCUGUUUUGAGAGACAUAACUUUUGAUGAAGCAAGUUAUAAUAGUUUUAUUGAUCUGCAAGACAAACUUCAUCAGAACAUAUGUCGACGGAGAACCCUUGUUGCCAUUGGAACUCAUGAUCUGGAUACGCUUGAAGGCCCUUUCACCUAUGAGGCUUUGCCACCAACAGCUAUAAACUUUGUGCCACUGAAACAGACGAAGAGUUUCAGAGCUGAUGAGCUGAUGGAGUUCUAUAAAUCAGAUUUGAAGCUGAAGAAGUUCUUGCACAUAAUAGAAAAAUCACCUAUAUUUCCCGUUUUGUUUGAUCGCAACAGAACUGUUUUGUCUUUACCACCAAUUAUCAAUGGUGCACAUUCGGCUAUUAAUUUGAAGACAAAGAAUGUGUUUAUUGAAUGCACUGCAACUGAUCUGACAAAAGCAAAUAUUGUAUUGAAUACUAUGGUGACUAUAUUUUCAGCGCUGUGCAAAAAGAAGUUUGAAAUUGAGCCAGUUGAAGUGGUAUAUUCUGAUGGGAAGUCAAGUAUUUAUCCAGAGCUAUCUCUCUACAAUAUGGAAGUUUCUCUGUCUUAUAUCACUAAUUGCAUUGGAGUCUCAUUGGAGGCAGAAGAGGUUACCAGUUUGUUAAAUAGGAUGCAAUUACACGCUAAGCAGUCAAUGUCUGGUGACAAGUCUAGUAUAACUAUAUCAGUGCCCCCAACAAGGAGUGAUGUGCUUCACGCAUGUGAUGUCAUGGAGGAUGUUGCUAUUGCUUAUGGGUUCAAUAACAUCCCAAAAAGUAAACCUGCAUCUUUGCAGCCUCUACCACUAAAUGAGUUCAGUGACCUUAUCAGAGCAGAGAUUGCAAUGACUGGGUUCACGGAGGUACUUACGUGGAUCCUAUGUUCUUAUAAAGAAAACUUUUCCAUGUUAAAGCGUGAAGAUGAUAAAUCUACUGCUGUUAUCAUUGGAAAUCCCCGUUCAACUGAUUUUGAGGUUGUACGAACCAGUCUUAUGCCUGGUCUUUUGAAAACUGUUGGACAUAAUAAAGAUCAUCCAAAGCCCAUAAAGAUAUUUGAAGUAGGUGAUGUAUCAUUACUGGAUAAUGCAAAAGAUGUUGGCGCAAGAAAUCAUCGUCAUCUUGCUGCUCUAUAUUGCAGUGCCAAUUCUGGGUUUGAGUUGAUCCAUGGUUUGGUCGACAGAAUUAUGGAAGUCAUAGGGGCUCCUUUUGUUUCAGUUGGCGUUGAAACUGGGUAUUACAUAAAAUGUUCAGAUAAUCCAGAGUUUCUUACUGGUAGACAAGCUCACAUCAUUUAUAAUGGAAAGAAAAUUGGCACUUUCGGCAUUGUUCAUCCCGAGGUUUUGAAUAACUUUGACAUUCCUGAUCCAUGUUCCUUUGUCGAACUUAGCAUCGAGAGCUUUCUAUAGUAUUCAUUCUACAGUUGACGAGUUUCUGGGUUCACCUCUGCUAAGUUUCACAGAAUACUCCAAACACCAUAUGCAUUUGCACGCCAGGUUUCGAAAAUUUGAAGGUCUUUUUUUUUCUUCGUUUCAAGCUCUCAUCAUAAGGAUCACAUUUGAAACUUUGGCCAUUUGUAGUGCAUUUUUUAUGGCUAACCGUCAGUUCUACCAGUUGAUAGUUUUAUUUUACUUAAUAUUUAUGGGCAUGAUUACAGCCAGAGUCAUUUUUGGUUUAUAAUAUACAACCGUUUUUAUCUUU